UCAUCCUGGGCAACAUAAUUGACAAAGGGCACAGCGAUCUGCUUUCUUCUCUCCUAUUGAUGCCACUUUCCCCUCUUAUCCUCUGAGCACUUCGGCGACCGACGGAAAAUGGCGCAGCAGUUCGUGCAGGCGAAGAUCAAAGGAGACAAAGUGGUGCUGUUCAUUAAGCCCACGUGCUCCUACUGCAUCAUGGCCCAAGACGUUUUGUCCAAGUACAAGUUCAAACCCGGACAUCUGGAGUGUGUGGACAUAAGUGGACGCUGCGACAUGGACAGCAUGCAGGACUAUUUCCUGGAACUUACCGGAGCCCGCACGGUCCCUCGGGUGUUCAUCGGCGAGGAGUGCAUAGGAGGCGGCAGUGAUGUGGCGGCGCUGGAGAAGAACGGUAAACUGAAGGGCAUGUUGCAGUCUAUUGGAGCCCUGCAGUGACCUGCUCCAAACCCCCAGGCUUUUGGCAUCCAGGUGAGGUCACAUGACUAUGCAGCGGGACUUGCGUAGCUUGCGUCGCCGCUGCUGGUACUCACUGAGCUCCUGCAGGUAGCCUCUGGACGGCCAGCGUAGCCUCUCCACUUGCUCGCGCUCCUCCUCUGGAACACACACAAAUCCCAAGACAUAACUGUAAUCUACUGCAAACACAGCUUGGAUGCUUUGCUGAUAAAAACCAUUAGAAUAACACUUACUAUAUUUGGCACAUACUUAUAGAUACACAUACAAUAAUAACUCCUGGGAUUGUUGCCAUGAACACUGCCAGCAGGGCAGAAAUAUCUGGUAAGAUUUUGUUUACACAGAAGAUCAACUCUGAUCGAUCAUGUGCUGCCACCUUAUUCUUCACUUGUGCCCUUCAGUACCCGUCCAGUGACCUUAAAUAAGUCGUGUGUGUGUGUGUGACUAAUGACGACAAUAAAAACUGCUACUGCUA